GAGAAGUUGCCCUCCCAAAAAAAGACGUCUUGCAGAGAAAGGUGUACCCACCAAGAGAUUUUGCUCUGUAGAGAAGGUUCACUCUGGGGAGAGAGGUCACCUUUCUAAGAAAAGUCGCCCUGCAGAGAGACAGCUCUCAGCCAAGAAAGGUAGCAUGGAACAGAAGGGUUGCUCUUUCAAGAAAGUUCAUUCUGGAGAGAGAGGUCAGUCUUCCCAAAGCAGGUGCACUUUUGAGAAAGGUAACACAGUAGAGAAUAGAUGCUUUGUGGAGAAAGGUCAUCACUCCAUGAGGAAAGGCUUUCCUAUAGAGAAAUCCUCUUCAGGAUCCAUGCCUAAGGUGCAAGUACGAAAGAACAUGCAGAAUACUCCACAAAGUAGAAGUGGCAGUGGUACCAGCAAAGUACCCCAGAUCCCUCACCAGAAUGUGGCUGGGGCUGUCAGCACCUUUCAACGGGAGCAGGCAGUGCAGAUGAAAAGGGGAAUUAUAUUGAAUGUGCCCGAAGAAUUAAAACCAUGUCUUGUUGAGGACUGGGACUUGGUAAACAAGCAGAAACAGUUAUUCCAACUCCCUGCUCAGAAGAAUGUAGAUACCAUUCUCGCCGAGUAUGUCACUUUUGUAAAAUCACAAGGAGGGGCUGAUAAUAGGGAAUAUUCCGUUGAUGAACUUGUGAUUGGAAUAAGAGAGUAUUUCAACAGGAUGCUGGGCACCCAGCUGCUCUGCCCCUUUGAAAAACCCCAGUAUGCUGAAAUCCACCUUGCUCAUCCUGAUGUUCCAAUGUCUCAGGUUUAUGGGGCUCCACACCUCCUGAGAUUAUUUGUGAAAAUUGGGACUGCAAUGGUCCAUUCGUCCCUUAAUAGGCCUAGUCUUAGAUUAGUAUGCAGCUAUCUGCCUGAUCUUCUUAAAUACCUAGCAGAGAAUUCCAGUUCUCUGUUUAGUGCCAGUAAUUACAAAGUGGCUCCUGCCGAGUAUUGUUGCAAAGCCCUGUGAUGGUCUGCUGACCACUCCCUGUUAUGAC